GGGAAUCUGCGUUCAAUGUCCGUCGAGAACAGUAUCUCAGUCGAUCGACUUCUUGCUCGCUGUAUCAGGGAACAGUGUUGACUCAAGUUGACUCGGGGUAAAAUGAAAGCACUGAGGUAACAGCAGACCUUCAGUGCUGUGGCGGUGUGAUCACGCUAUACAGUUCUUACAGAUUAUCCCACAGUCCCUCUACCCCUCGCACGGCCCCGGUCGACUCACCACCGACCACCCCCUCAAGAACAAGACCCCGCCAUGGUCAACCUUCGCUCGCAAAAGCGGCUUGCCGCCUCCGUCGCGGGCGUCGGCAAGCGCAAAAUCUGGCUCGACCCCGCCGAGCAGUCCGAGAUCGGCAACGCCAACUCCCGCACGCACGUUAAGAAGCUCAUCAAAGAUGGGCGCAUUAUCAUCAAGCCUACCGUCGUUCACUCGCGCGCCCGCACCAAGGCACUUUUGGCCGCGAAGCGCAAGGGCCGUCACACUGGGCCCGGUAAGAGGAAGGGUACCUCCGAGGCGCGGAUGCCGACGAAGGUUCUGUGGAUGAGGCGCCAGCGGGUGCUCAGGCGGUUGUUGAGGAAGUACAGAGAGGCGGGCAAGAUCGACAAGCAUCUGUACCACUUGCUUUACCAGAAGUCGAAGGGUAACGUUUUCAAGAACAAGCGUGUCUUGAUGGAGUACAUCCACAAGGCGAAGGCGGAGAAGACCCGUACCAAGGUUCUCACCGACCAGAUGGAGGCCCGCCGCACCAAGAACAAGGCUGCCCGGGAGCGUCGUGCUGCUCGUGUCGCCGAGAAGAGGCAGGCGAUCUUCGCUGUCGAGCACGAGGAUGCCAAGGAAUAAACGCCUCACACCAUCGCACGUUGUUUUUCGGGUUCUGUCGACCUCCUCUACCUACGCUUCCGCACUUGUAUGCUACGCCAUGUCGCAUGUAUGCAAUCCUACGCUCUUCGCAUGACAAGGAUACCAUCAACGGCGUCCUGAGUAUACCCAAGGGUUCAGUCUAUUCUCGUGUUGCUGAUUCCGUAUUGAACCGUGGCGGGGGUUGUCCAUCUGUCGUUGUUCUGGUAAU